CCACCGAGGUGGGUAUUCGAAGUGUUCUUAGCCGCUCUCCAAACCCUUGCACUCGUUCCUCUCGAUUUCGUUGUUUCCUCUCGACCGAGAUCUCGACUUCGGUUUCGAUUUCGAUUUCCCUACGCGAGUUUGAUUUCGUUUCAGGUUCCGACCGUCGGUGCGAACAGAGGAGGAGAAACGCUUCGGAAUCGAAGAUAUCGCUUUCAGAUUUUGCCAUUCAAAACAUUGCAGUGAUGGGGACAAACACAGAUUCAAGCAUGGUAACAGUCAUUGAUUUCACCUAAUUAUGAAUCUAUUUGUUGGAAUGCUUUUCAUUGUAGCUUCACUUAUUUUCCACUGGGAAUUGAUUUCCUAACUAUGGUACAAGGAUAACUUGCCUGGGCUUGUUUGUGACUUUACUAAUAAGAUACAGGAUAGCAAUGGAGCCUUUCCAGGUGACAGAAAGAUCACUGUGGUUUUUGUGUUAGGUGGCCCCGGCAGUGGGAAGGGCACACAAUGUUCAAAAAUUGUGGAAAAUUUUGGGUUCACUCAUCUUAGUGCUGGUGAUCUUCUGCGAGCAGAAAUCAAAUCUGGCUCAGAAAAUGGGAUUAUGUUGGCAUAGCUGGACUUGAAAACAUUCUUCCAAAAUAACUGGAUAGAAAACAAUUUUGGGUGGCCAACUGGAGUUAUCUCAACCUGAUCUUACCUGAACGCAAUUACCAUGAUCUCAAACAUGAUAAAGGAAGGUAAAAUUGUCCCUUCUGAGGUUACAGUUGAGCUUUUAAAAAAGGCUAUCCUUGAGAGUGGAAACAACAAGUUCCUAAUUGAUGGAUUUCCUCGAAAUGAAGAGAACCGUGCUACUUUUGAGAAUGUUACAAAACUUGAGCCAGAAUUUAUACUUUUCUUUGAUUGUUCAGAGGAGGAGAUGGAACAGCGACUUUUAGGUCGCAACCAGGGGAGAGAUGAUGAUAACAUUGAGACAAUAAGGAAGCGUUUCAGAGUUUUUAUUGAAUCUAGUUUACCUGUGAUUGAGUAUUAUGACCAGAAGGGCAAAGUUCGAAAGAUUGAUGCUAUGAAGCCCAUUGAUGAUAUUUUUGAAGAUGUGAAAGCCAUUUUUGCUGUGUUCCCUGCAAAAGAUGAAUAAAGCUGCCCUUAAGAUUAUAACAGACACAAAUAUACUUUAGAAGGUGUUGUAGCCGUGAGGUUUUUUCAAGUUCUCCAGCAAAUUGAAUGAGCUAUGCAACAAACUAUCCUUUGUGUUGCAGUGUGACAUGUUUUUGGUAACUGAGAAUGAACAAGUUAUUUGUUUUUGAACAGCAGUAUGAAGUACUUAAUAAUUUUUUGAUUGCAUAAUCCUUUUUUAAGUUGUUUAAUUGACUCGUAUAAAUGUGAUAAGUGUCAUAGUUUUUAGUGAUUCACCAUAAUAUUUGAUUUCUUGGUACUUUUGUAUCUACAGUCUCAAAUUUAGUAAGGUUAAUGCAUAUUGGACUCUUUGUAAUAUUGGAUGAUCAUUUCUGUUAGAACUUCAAUACUAGACGAAAUUGUG